AUGGACGCUGUAGUGUGUCGGCGCGUGGGGUCUCUCAAGCCGUCCGAUCCGCCGUCGGAAAAGGACGCCAUCCUCGCAUUCGAGCGCAACUUCCCAGUCCCUUCCCUUCACCGCCCCCCGUCCUCCUCGUCCGUCCUCAUUCGUGUGGCAGCAGCCAGUCUAAACUUCGCGGACGCCCUGCAAAUUAUGGGGCAGUACCAGGAACGACCCCCGGUGCCGUUUGUCCCGGGCGCAGAGGUGGCGGGGGUGGUGGAGGAGGUGGGGGAAGGCGUGGGAGGGUUUAAGAGAGGGGACAGGGUUUGCGCCGUGGUGGAAGGAGGGGGGUUUGCGGAUUUGGCAGUGGCAGAUGAAGGCUCGUGUUUCCACACAUAUCCUUACCGCAGUGCCCUUCCCAGCAGCAACAGCACUCCCAGCCUUUCCCAUCUGGCGCUCACGCAGCGGGCACGCGUGGGGAGGGGACACGUGGUGCUAGUGCUGGGAGCGGGGGGCGGAACUAGGUUGCUGGGAGCGGGGGGCGGAACUAGGGCCAAUCUGCUCUUUUCCCCCAAACCCACAGCACCCCCACCUCACAGUCCCCCCUUCCCCACCUCAUGUCCCUCCCGCACCUCGUGUCUUCUCUCUUUUGCCUUCCGCCCCUUCUCCCCCUUUCCUUCCAGUUUCCACAUCCCUCCCACAGUGCCAUUCCCAGCAGCAGCAGCGCUGCCAGUGGCGUUCGGCACGGCCCAUCUGGCGCUCACGCAGCGAGCGCACGUGGGGAGGGAGCACGUGGUGCUGGUGCUGGGAGCGGGGGGCGGCGUGGGCGUGGCAGCAGUGCAGAUAUGCAAGCUUCUAGGGGCCACUGUCAUUGCUGUUGCCAGAGGAGCAGAGAAGGCCAGUCUCCUGGCAUCACUGGGAGCAGACCUCGUGAUCGACACGGCACAGCACACACACCCCAACGCCAUCCGUGACCAAACCAACCAGUUUCUUAAACAGCGAUCCCAGGAGCGCUCCGCCGGUGGUCCGGGCGGCAGGCCAGGCGGCGGGGCGGGCGACAAGGGCGGCAAGGGCGGCAGGGGCAGCGGGGGGGUGGACGUGCUGUUUGACACGGUGGGCGGCGAGCAGUUCAAGCAGGGGCUGCGCGUGAUGCGGUGGGGCGGGCACGUGCUGGUCAUUGGCUUUGCCAGCGGUGCCAUUCCCAGUAUCCCCGCUAACAUCGCUCUCGUGAAGAACCUCACCAUUCACGGCGUGUACUGGGGCAGCUACAUGCAGCACGACCCGGCUGUCCUCCGUGCCUCUAUGCAUCAACUCCUUGCAUGGCUUGCUAAGGGCGCCAUCUCCGUGCACGUCUCACACUCCUUCACAUUCAACCAGGUGCACCAAGCAAUCGUCACUCUCUUGAAGCGCAAGGCAGUUGGCAAGGUAGUUCUGCUGCCUCCCUCUGCUGCUUCCGCUGCCGGUGAUUCCGCUACUGCUGGUGCCGGCACUGGUAGCUCAGGUCAUACGAGCCGAUUGUGA